UGCAUUAAAUUGCAUCUAGUAGAACAAAUGGAAAAAGAUGAGUUUACACAACAUGAAGUAGCAGCUUCAAUAUCUCAAAAAAUUGGUGAAUAUUGGGAAAUAAUGGAUCGUUUUUCCAUU